GGGAGGAGACGGCGGGAGGACGGAGGGUGGGGGCCGGGGGCUCUGUCCGGACCCUUCAGGGUGGGCGUCCUGGGCAGGGCAAGCGGCUGAGGUGUGGAAGGGGAGGAUGCGCCUCUCCAAAACCCUUGUCGACAUGGACAUGGCUGACUAUAGUGCCGCGCUGGACCCAGCCUACACCACCCUGGAAUUCGAGAAUGUGCAGGUGUUGACCAUGGGCAAUGACACAUCCCCGUCAGAAGGUGCCAACCUCAACACACCCAACAGCCUGGGUGUCAGCGCCCUGUGUGCCAUCUGUGGGGACCGGGCCACCGGGAAACACUACGGUGCCUCCAGCUGUGACGGUUGCAAGGGCUUCUUCCGGAGGAGUGUGAGAAAGAACCACAUGUACUCCUGCAGGUCAGCCCUGCAGUACCUCCUCCUGGCUGUGCAGAAUGAGCGGGACCGGAUCAGCACUCGCCGAUCAAGCUAUGAGGACAGCAGCCUGCCCUCCAUCAAUGCACUGCUGCAGGCCGAGGUCCUGUCCCAGCAGAUCACCUCCCCCGUCUCCGGGAUCAAUGGAGACAUUCGGGCAAAAAAGAUUGCCAGCAUCGCAGAUGUGUGCGAGUCCAUGAAGGAGCAGCUGCUGGUGCUCGUCGAGUGGGCCAAGUACAUCCCUGCUUUCUGCGAGCUCCCCCUGGAUGACCAGGUGGCCUUGCUCAGAGCCCACGCCGGUGAACACCUGCUGCUCGGAGCCACCAAGCGAUCCAUGGUGUUCAAGGACGUUCUGCUUCUAGGCAAUGACUACAUCGUCCCCCGGCACUGCCCAGAGCUGGCAGAGAUGAGCCGGGUGUCCAUGCGCAUCCUCGACGAGCUGGUGCUGCCCUUCCAGGAGCUACAGAUCGAUGACAAUGAGUAUGCCUGCCUGAAAGCCAUCAUCUUCUUUGACCCAGACGCCAAGGGGCUGAGCGACCCGGGCAAAAUCAAGCGGCUGCGCUCGCAGGUGCAGGUGAGCCUGGAGGACUACAUCAACGACCGCCAGUACGACUCGCGGGGCCGCUUCGGCGAGCUGCUGCUGCUGCUGCCCACCCUGCAGAGCAUCACCUGGCAGAUGAUCGAGCAGAUCCAGUUCAUCAAGCUCUUCGGCAUGGCCAAGAUCGACAACCUGCUGCAGGAGAUGCUGCUGGGAGGUCCGUGCCAGGCCCAGGAGGGGCUGAGAGGGUCCUCCAGUGAUGCACCUCAUGCCCAUCAUCCCCUGCACCCUCACCUGAUGCAGGAACACAUGGGCACGAACGUCAUUGUUGCCAACACAAUGCCCUCUCACCUCAGCAAUGGACAGAUGUGUGAGUGGCCCCGACCCAGGGGGCAGGCAGGUGGGCAACUUGAGCUCUACCCAGCAAGGGAUUGGGUUGGGGGCCUAAGAGGGGAGCCAGGAGAAGGAUGGGUCUAGAAGAUGGGAACUGGGAUACAACAGUUCUCUCUCUGUGCUCCCGGGUAAGGAGUGAGGAGUGAGACUGUCCUUUUGUUAAGGCUGUUCUUUCAGUGAGGUACUUACAUAGCAAGGUAAUUAACAGCCUCUAUUGAAUGACCUUGGGAUGAGGGAUCCACUGGGUGAACAUGUCCACUGGGUAAGAAUUCCAUUAGGUGAUGUUGUCCAUUAGGUAAAAUUGUUCUUUGAAGUAAGUCUGCCCAGUAGGUAAGACUAGCCAUUAGACAAUUGGAUGAGACUACU